UUCCCAUAGCAACGCUUCACAAACGCAAGCAAGCAUGGUGCGCAUCACUGAGGAUCUCGUCCGUCGUUGUGCUGAGCAUAACAACUGUGAGAUUUUUUCUCUUGAGGAGAUUUCACUACAUCAGCAGGACAUUGAACGGAUAGAGCACAUCGACAGGUGGUGCCGAGACCUGAAGAUCCUCUAUUUGCAAAACAACCUCAUUUCCAAGAUAGAGAAUGUUGGCAGACUUAAGAAGUUGGAGUAUCUGAAUCUAGCACUGAAUAACAUUGAAGUGAUUGAAAAUUUAGAAGGUUGUGAAGAUCUUCAGAAGCUUGACCUGACUGUGAAUUUUGUUGGUCGAUUGAGCAGCGUGGUGUCCUUGAAACAGAAUGUGCACCUUCGGGAGCUCUUUCUUGUGGGAAAUCCCUGCACUGAGUUCAAAGGUUACAGGCAGUAUGUGCUGGCCUGCCUGCCUCACCUGCAGUGGUUAGACGGCACAGCGAUAGGGCGAGCAGAACGAAUACAGGCGCUACAAAACUUUGAUGACUUGAAGAAGUGCAUCUUAGAACAAGAGGCUGAAUAUGUGGAAAUGAGAGAUAAGCAGAAGAGGGAGGGGCUAAAAGAAACCUCAAGCAGCGGCCCACAUGAUUUAGAUCACAAGCAUCUCCAGAAGAGCUGCCCUCAGAUAAGUGAGGAGAUCAGGAACCAAUAUCCAAAUUGUGAGUGUCAUCCAAAUCAGAAUUCAAACUCGGAGGAUGAGGAUAAAGAUUUUUGGGAAAAGCCGUGCACCUUUACUCCAGAGUCAAGACUGGAAGCACAUCGCCAUCUAGAGGAGAAGAGGAGAGCAAAAGAGAGAGUGAGAGAGCCAAAAAAGAAGGAUAAACCUCCGAGAACUUUGAUCACGCCUGACGGAAGAGUUCUGAACGUGAACGAACCAAAGUUGGACUUUACCCUAAGUGAAGAUGAAGAGAACAACUGUGUGCUUCUGGAUCUGCAUGUAUACAGACAUCUGGACACCUCCUUGCUGGAUGUGGACGUUCAGCCUACAUACGUGAGGGUGACUGUCAAAGGAAAGGUGUUCCAGUUGGUUUUGCCUGCUGAGGUUAAACCAGACAGCAGCACAGCAGAGAGAUCUCAAACUACUGGCCACCUGCUUAUCACCAUGCUCAAGGCGCUUGGAGAGGUAAAAGUGAAAAAAACAUCUCACAAACAAGCACUAAGCUGCAGAGGAAAUAAGACUUCAGAGACCUCAGAGGAAAAAAGCAGGGUGAUUUCUGGUUGUCAGAGAUUAGAAGUUGACCUCAGCAAAAGCUUUGCUGUACAACUGGCUAACAUUGUCCCUAAAGAAGCAUGCAGUACCCAUGGUCCCCUGCAGCUCUCCUGGCCUUGUCGAGCCCAAGAGAAGCCUGUCUCCAAAGACUUUGUGGAUGACCCAGAGGUUCCCCCUCUCAUGUGAGAAACACGAACAAAGGAAGAAUGUGAGAGAAUGUAUGUACGACUGUGUGUAUAUAUAGUACAUGAUAGCAUUUGCAAAUUCCAAUUUUGGGGAGUAUUUGGAAUUUCCUUAAUCUAACACACCUGAGCACAAUCUAUUUCAUCUAAACUAAAUGCAAUUUAUACAAUUAUAUCUGCUGUUAUUAUGAGCUGUGAAAACCUUGAGGCUCCUAAACGUGGACUGAGAACCACUGAGGUAAGUUUAUUAGAUAUCAGCAUGGAGAGUCAGCAUGUAGAGCAACGAAUUAUAUAUUUUUGGCUGUAGAUACAAACUGUGGACUGUAAAUAAAACUUUGAAAUGAGGCCAAUUUUAAAUAAAAUGUUUAUUAAAUACUUUAUAGUAUAGUCCCUUUAAAGACUUCAGAAACAAUUUUAUAUUCAGUAAAAUCAUUGGCAUUAUUUUCAUAAAUAAUUUUGCUUGAUAUAAAAAGUAUGCAAUGCUAUGGUCUUAUGCUGUGGUCUUGCUUUAGCCAUGACACUGGAGCCAUAAUUGUGGGAUGUUCCACUGCAGAGUCAUUUAUAAAUCCAAAAAGGUUUCUGUAAUUCUUUUGGAUGUAUGUAGUGGUAGAUAUAGACUUCAUGGGGUGUCCUUGGUUUUAUUCCUAUGUUUAACUUUUUAUUGAAUAUUCUAAAAAUUGUGUUCACAAAUGCAAAGUCAAGAGUGGAAUAUACUCCAGUUUUGUUUAUUCAAGUUGGUAAGUCAGAUGUCUCCAGCUUGUUAGUGUUCUUUCACACAAGGAUCAGAACAAGUAUGAGUUGUACAGUGAUAGAAUGUAUGCCUAUUUCUUCACAUUGUGUUAUAUUGAAGAUGCAUACCACAAGCGGAUCUUCCUGGAUUUUAAAUUCACACCAGUGAGCAGAAGUCAGAAGGUUUAGUUGUUCGCAAGACAGUCCAGUUGCUCCACUUUAGGUUUACACUAUAGGAAAAUGCCAAAGUGGACUUCAUUACUUUUGCUGUACUUUUUCUGGACCAGUGAGGGUCAGAUGAAUAAAACAUGACAAUGUCACUGAGCAGUGAGCCAAUCUGAAUUAUUUACACUCAUCUGCCCUGUUCCCCAUUCCAUUGCUGUUGGAAUGAAGUUUAGAUCUGAAUGGAUAUGGUGUUUGUUUUUGUUUUUUUUUCAUUUAUUUUGUCUCUCGUGAUUUAUGGAAUUUAUCCCCUACUUUCCAUAUGUUCCAGACAAUUUUGCCUGCCCUACCCUGAGACAUAUUGUGUACACAGUGGGAUCUGUGCUCUUUGUGUCUAAACUGUCCUUCCUCUGCACACAUACAGUACAUACACACCCAGUUCCUGUCAGUAACCAUCAGAUGUCUGAUGAGACAUAUGUGAACUGCACAACCUUUCCUGUGUGAGCAUUGUGUGUGUGUGUGUGUGUGUGUGCGUGUGUGUGGAUGUGGUGACAUCUUGCUUUCUGUUACCACACCCACUUUGAGAGCAGUUGGAUAUUCCCACAGCAGUGACUGCACACACCCUCUCUGUUUAGUGUAUUUGCUGUAAUACCUCAACUACUUUGAUGUGUGAAAUAUAAAAGCAAACAUGUUACACUCAGACUGUGUGUGUUAUCAUUGUUGAAUAAUAUUGUUACUGAUGAAAUCUUUCCUCUCUGUCCCUCACACACACACACACAGACACACAUGCUCUGCUGCAGCCAGUCUGUCUGUAAGAGUAAAAGGCUAGUCCUUAAAGACAGGAGUAGAGGAGGAUGGAUAUAAAGAGGGAAUUAUAGAAUGAAGAACCCUGAAAGCAUAAUAAUAUGCAUCUAUCAUUUAAUAUCCUUUUUGGUGAUUGUAUAUUAUUAGAAAAAAUGAGAAACAACCAAAUAUUAAAGUUAAAAAUAAAAAUAAAAAUCCAGCCAUUUACAAGAACUGAUAUGGAAUAAAGUGAAUUACUGUGUGAUCUCUGUGUACUCUAAUGCACUCAACUGACUGUGUUGAAUUUUUUCCAAUA